AGUUGCUUCACCCUCUAUAUAUCAUCGACAGUCUUGAUGAACAUGGCAGUGUGAGAAGCUCCACAGGUGAAGGGUCCGAUACGGUUUCUUCAUUCCAGAAUCUCAUUUGACUUGUGAGACAAACACACAAGUCUAGCUAGAUGGCUUUGAGUAAAGAGCAUCGUCUUGCCCUUCUUCUUAACCACAUCGUUGUUUUCUAUGUCACGCUAGCACUGGUCUUCAGUGGGGGCGUUUGUGCUCGGAUCCUGACGAUGCAAAGGCCCUCAAGUGGCAGCUCGGUCUCGGCUGUCUUUGCGUUCGGAGACUCGACGGUCGAUACGGGUAACAAUGACUACAUAAACACUCCCACCAAGGGCAACGUGCCGCCUUAUGGGAAAGACUUCGUGAACCACAUCCCAACAGGAAGGUUCAGCAAUGGGAGGUUGAUUCCUGAUCUUAUAGCUGCGCACUACGGGGUUAAAGAACUUUUGCCGCCAUACUUAGACCCGGCGCUUAGCACGGAGGAUCUGACAACCGGAGUUUGUUUCGGCUCCGCGGGCUCUGGAUACGACCCUCUUACUGGUCAAAGGAUACAGAAUGUGCUAUCAAUGGAGAAGCAAUUGCAGUACUUCAAAGAGUACACGAAAAGGCUUGAGAUGGCAAUCGGAAAGAACCGAACCAGAAACAUCAUCAAUGGGGCCUUGUUUGUGAUUAGCAGCGGCACCAACGACUUCAUCAUCAAUUACUACGGUCUUCCUUUCAGACGGCAAAGCUUCACUCCCCAAAUGUACCGGCAGUUCAUAUUGGCUCAUGUAAAAAAUUUCACUCAGACUUUGUUGAAUCAAGGGGCUCGAAGAAUUGCAGUAGUCGGACUGGCGCCAAUGGGUUGCUUACCUGUAGUCAUCAACAUUAAUUCAGGUAACCCUUUUCGAGAUCGCGGCUGCAUCGAGAAAUUCUCCUCGGUCGCUAGGAAUUACAACACGAUGCUUCAAAGGGAACUAGGCAAGAUGGAAAAGAGCUUCCGAUCUCUUGGUGUGGUCAUAGGUUACAUCGACAUAUACAAUUCAGUGGUGCGAAUGAUCAAAGCCCCGCACAGUUUUGGUUUUGAAGACGUGGAUAGCGGAUGUUGCGGGACGGGCAUCAUCAAAGUGUCAUUCUCAUGCAAUAUGAAUUCCUAUGUAUGUCCGAAUGCGUCCAAGCAUCUAUUUUGGGACUCGGUGCACCCAACUGAGAGGGCUUACUCCGUCGUCUUCCAUGCUCAGUUACCCAGUUUCGAUGCUAUUCUUAAGGGCAUAUAGUUCCAUUCCAAUCAACCUUUUCUAGGACUAAAUUAUAUCUUUCUGCUUAAUUAAUUUUCUUUCAGUAUCUUGUUUUCUGGUUAUUGAAGAAGUAUUACUCUUUACGUGCUGGUAAA